ACUCCCAUGGCGGCGGCCGGAGGGCCGGAGCCGCCCGUGGGGGCCCCCGGCGCGGAGCCCGCGCCGCCGCCGGCCUGCCGCUUCUUCCUGGAGGGCCGCUGCCGCUUCGGUGCCCGCUGCCGCCAGCCCCACCCCGGGGCGCCGGCGCCGGCCCCGCCGCAGCCUAGAGGCGAGCCCGAAGCAGAGGCCAAAGCCAAGAAGCCGCCGCUGCGCACUGCUGCGGCCGUUAUCCAGCGCAUCCGCUGGGACCCGCUCCUCGACCCGGCCGACUUCUCCGUGAGCUACGUCGACCGCUUCCUGGGCGUGCGCGAGGAGCCCUUCCUUUCCUUCUGCUGGGACGAGCCUCUGGCGGCGCUCGGGCCGGGCGUUCUGGCCGUGCCGCAGCACCGGGUGCGCUACUUCCGCUUCCGCGGCCGUCUGGUGUGGGACCGCGCCUCGCGUACAGACCUCGUCUUCGGCUCAGGCUUGGCUGCGGGCCGCGGGUCCACCAUCCUGGACGCGCUCGACGGCGGGGACGCGCACCAGACCGGGCAUGCGAGCGACGGCGAGCACGUGCACGGAGCCGGAGGUGAGAGCGACGGCGUGGACGCGCACGGGACCGGGGGCGCGCACGACGGCGGAGACAGGGGCGGGGACGGGACCGGGACCGGGACCGGGGAUGAGAGUGACGGCGAGGACGCGUACGGGGCCGGAGGUGCGCUCAGCGGUGGGGACACGGCCGGGGCCGGAGGCGCACUGGACGGCGUAGCUGCGACCCGCCUUGGCACCGGUGCGGUUGGGCGCGUACAGCCAGCUUGGACGGGACUCCGGGCCGCCUUGGCCCCGGAUGGCGGAGGCCCCGAAGCUGGGUGCCUGGCGUUGGCGGGGACGUUGUCGAGGCUCCAGGAGCGGGAGUUGGGCGGCCCCGGAGGCCAAGGUUCCUCGUGGAUGCAGCCAAGAAGGGCACUGAAGCCAGCCGCCGCCGCUGCCGGGGACCUGGAGCCCCCGGGUGGGGAGCUGCCGGCUGUGGUAGCCCCGGGAAGGCCCUCGGAAGGCCUCUCUGAGACGGAAGCGGAGUGGGGUCCCGGGGUCUGGCCCGUGGACUGUGGAGCAGCCGGGGCCGCGGGCCCUCGCCAGCCCCGCCCCACGCACUUCGUGGCCCUCAUGGUGACAGAGGCUGAGCUGCAGGCCGGGGUGGCCAAGGUCCAAGAAGAACUGGUGCGAGAUGCACCAGCUUGCGCGGCGUUCACGGUGCCUGCUCAGGCCCUGCACCUGACAGUGGCCCUGCUGAGGCUGGCGGGCCCCGGGGAGAUGGCGGCUGCAGUCGACGCACUCAGAGGCGUGCUCUCGGACCCCGGGCUUCAGGUCCCUCCGAGGCUGAGGUUUAGGCGCCUGGUGCUCCUGGGCUCCCGUGUGCUCUGUGCACCCCCCCACCCCCCUUUGGAGAACAUGGCCCAAGUGCUCAGCCAGAGGCUGGAGGCCGAGGGGCUGAGAGUGCUGCAGCCCUGCAGGGGGUUACACCCCCACCUCACCCUGGCCAAGGUGCCCCAGGGUUCCAAAGUCGGUCUCCCCAAGCCUGGGUUCAGCCCAAGGCAGGAGCUGGGGAGCCAGCCUCUGGGGAAACUCUGGCUGUGCCGCGUGGGGAGGUCAGGGGGCACCUACCAGGCCGUGGCGGAGAUCCCCCUGGUAUCUCAACCCCAAAAGAAAUAAAGGCCAGGACCCAGACACCCAGAGGAAAUGUAGCCCAAGGCAGAAGGACAAAACGUGCACACGUGUUCUCUCUCUCUCUUUAAUUUUGGUUUCUCUCAAGCUUUCAUAUGGUGCUCAGUGCUCCAAGGAAAGAAUGAAGGAAGGAAAGGGGAGGGGGAGAGGAGGGGGAGGGGAGGCAGAGGAGGAACAUCUGGAAAAAAAGCAGCCUGACAGUCCAGCUGUUUGCAAACUCAUUGCACAUCCUCCAGUUACAUGGCAGAAGAGGGAGGGAGGACGGAAAAGAAAAGGGGAGGAAGAAAAAUAACUUAAAUAAACACACACAGAAAGAAAAGAGAAGGAAACAUGACGUGAGCUGGUGAUCCAUGAGG